AUGAGUCGGGAAUACCUCGCAUACGCCAGCAUCGCAGUCUCGGCCUUCAUCGCGUACAGCGUCGUAUCCAUCGCUCGCCAAUACCUACGGCUUCAGCACAUCAAGGGGCCACCGAGCGCCGGAUUUUCGAAAUGGUGGCUCGUUCGCGCCGUCGGCGGCGGUAGGACACACCUCGACUUUUAUGAGGCGUGCGAGAAAUAUGUUCGUGUCGGGCCGAAUGAUCUCAUCACGAGCGAUCCGGAUCUCAUGAAGCGUAUGCUUAAUGUGCGGACGACUUACAAGCGAUCUAAUUGGUAUGAUGGAAUGCGACUCAAGCCUGGCCAAGACAAUGUCUUAUCCACCCGAGAUGAUGAGCUGCAUAAUAAACUCCGGUCAAAAAUGGCCGCAGGUUACUCUGGUAAGGAAGUCGAAGGUCUCGAAGCCAAAAUUGAUCAAAACGUCCUCCGACUCCUCGACUUGAUUGAAAGGUAUGCUUCUCGCGACGAAGCUUUUGACUUUGGAGCCAAGGCACAAUACUUCACCCUCGAUGUCAUCUCUGACCUGGCUUUCGGUGAGCCCUUUGGAGACUUGGCAACUGAUUCGGAUGUCCACGAGUACAUCAAGACCAUGGAGCAAAACAUGCCAACGAUUCUCGUGACGAGUGUUCUGCCAUGGCUUCUCGCACUCCUCUCUUCGCCUAUUUUCAGGAGCAUGAUGCCUUCCGAAAAAGAUGCAAUCGGCGUGGGAAAGACGAUGGGACUAGCUGGUUCUGAUACUACCGCGACCGCCAUUCGGGCUACUAUCCUUCACAUAAUCACAAAUCCUCAGGUAACCGCCACCCUCCGAGCCGAAAUCGACGCUGCCAAGCUGUCAUGGCCCAUCGUCUCCGACGCCGAAGCACGCGAGAUGCCUUACUUGCAGGCCGUCAUCAAGGAGGGUCUUCGUAUAUUUCCACCAGUAGUCGGUCAAAUGUCAAAGGAAGUCUCGAAUGGAGGAGCCGGCGAUGACUUCAAGGGUGUUCAUCUUCCAGAAGGUACCCGUAUUGGAUAUUGUGCAUGGGGUAUCUUUCGCAGGCAGGACAUCUGGGGUCGGGACUCCCACGUUUUCAGGCCAGAAAGAUGGCUCGAGUCCGACACUGAAAGUCUGCGCUUGAUGGAGGGUACGCUAGAGAUCGUCUUCGGGUAUGGUCGGUGGCAGUGCUUGGGACGAAACGUAGCUUUAAUGGAGCUGAACAAGGUCUUCGUGGAGGUGAGUCAUUCAAACCUGCGUCUUUCGUACUUAUCACUUCGCGACGCCGCAUGCUGA